CGCGCCGCCGAGCCCCGCCCCGCCCCGGCCCGGCCCCGCCGCGCGUGACCGCCGAGCCUGCGCCGAGCUGCGCCCGGGCCGCCGGCCGCGCGAUGCUGCUGCUGGCCGCCGCGUCGCUCGUGGCCUUCGUGCUGCUGCUCUACAUGGUGUCCCCGCUCAUCAGCCCCAAGCCCCUCGCCCUGUCCGGGGCGCACGUAGUGGUUACAGGAGGCUCUAGUGGCAUCGGGAAGUGCAUUGCUAUCGAGUGCUACAAACAAGGAGCCUUUAUAACUCUGGUUGCACGGAAUGAGGACAAGCUGUUGCAGGCAAAGAAAGAAAUCGAAAAACACUCUAUUAAUGAUAAACAGGUGGUGCUUUGUAUAUCAGUUGAUGUAUCUCAAGACUAUAGCCAAGUAGAGAACGUCAUAAAACAAGCGCAGGAGAAGCUGGGCCCGGUGGACGUGCUUGUGAACUGUGCCGGAACGUCGCUUGCAGGGAAAUUCGAAGAUCUUGAAGUCAGUGCUUUUGAAAGGCUGAUGAGCGUCAACUACCUGGGCAGCGUGUACCCCAGCCGGGCGGUGAUCACCACCAUGAAGGAGCGCCGCGUGGGCAGGGUCGUCUUCGUGUCCUCCCAGGCCGGGCAGCUGGGCCUCUUUGGUUACACAGCGUACUCUUCAUCUAAGUUUGCCAUCAGGGGACUGGCAGAGGCUUUGCAGAUGGAGGUGAAGCCUUACAAUGUGUACGUCACAGUUGCCUACCCACCAGACACAGACACCCCUGGGUUUGCAAAAGAAAACCAGACCAAGCCUUUAGAGACACGUCUUAUUUCAGAGACCACAUCGGUCUGCAAACCAGAACAAGUGGCCAAACAAAUUGUUAAAGACGCCGUACAAGGAAAUUUCAACAGUUCCAUCGGCUCCGACGGGUACAUGCUCUCAUCACUGACCUGUGGAAUGGCUCCAGUAACGUCCAUCACUGAAGGGCUCCAGCAGGUGGUCACCAUGGGCCUCUUCCGCACGAUCGCGCUGUUCUACCUGGGAAGUUUCGACAGCAUCGUGCGUCGCUGCAUGACGCAGAAGGCGCAAUUGGAGACUGUAGACAAAACUGCCUGAUUCUCACCCCUUGGAAAAAGACUGUCUGAAUAAUCUGCCAGCUUGCUGCUAAGUGGGACGCAGUUUUGGGCUUGCAGACACUUAGGUCUUGCUUUCUAAUCUGUGAGAUUGGACCAGUGAUCUUCAGAAACCUGGCUACAAGCAAGGGGAUCGCCGUUCAACUCCAGACUGUUAUUAAUACUAUGCAAAUACGGAGGAGACUGCUUGAUUCUCCGAGGUGGAGAGGUGAUGGUAAGGGAACUCACAGCAUGUGAGCAGGAUUCCAGAAAGAUCACCGAAAUGGUUCUUCUCUUCUACUUUUUCCCACUAGAAAUCAUGUCCAAAUGGGUUUCUGGGACCUUUCCUUUUUUUCUUGUUCUCUUUUUUAACUUGGUGUGUUUUAUUACAGAUGCAUUUCACACAUUGCCGUGGGGGCUGAAUGCGUAAUAGUGCCCCUGACUCACUCUGAUGCUGGUGGCCACUUGUGGUUUCUUUCUCUUUGAUCCCAUAAAACUACGUGGGGGAUGGGAGAGGACCAUACAGAGGAACGAAGGAGAUAAAUAUUUUCCAGUAGGAAAAAAUAAUGAUUUUUUUGUCUUCUUUAGGCUCGAAUGCUUAGGGCACGUCUCAUUUUUCAUUCAUGGAGAAAGGCAGCCUCCUAAAAUACUUUCUGAGGAGAGAGAUGAAACCUUAGGAGCUUAAAGUUUGCAGUUUCUUCGAUAGCCGUAACGGCCCAAAGCUCACCAUUCCGCUGUAGUUUCUCACUCUUCCCACGCCUGCCUUUCCACUUUUGCUUAGACUGCUAUAAUAUUUUUAUAAAAAAAGAAAAGAGAGAGACCAGUUUUUUUCCCCUUGACUUUUAAAAUGAAUUAAUGAGUUUAUUAAAGCAAAUGAAAAAGUUAGAAAGUGUGACGUUUGUCUCUUUGUGGCAUAUAUGUAGCUUUUAAGAAAGACUGAAAGGGGACUUCGCCAGUGGCCUAGCGGUUAAGACUACCCUUCCAGUGCAGGGCCAUAGGUUUGAUCCCUGGUCGGGGAACUAAGAUCCCACAUGCCGUGUAGCACAGCAAAAACAACAACAACAAAACACGCUGACAGCAUGUUUCAGCUUGGGGUUUUUCCUGAGACGGCCGUGCGGGUUCUCCCCCUCGCGUCCGUGUGGUGCCUUACCUGCCUUGCUCGGCAGAGGUAGGCUCCAUCUGGCCAAGGUGUGUAACCGUUUUAAUAUGCAGCUGAAGCAACACUUCCAUGGACCCACCUCCUUAAUAGUUAGAAAAUGCCCCCCCUCCGUUUUCUGCCAGUGUUUGGGGGGGCUCCUGCGGAGGUGCCGGUCGGCGCCCUCGAGGCACACACUGGCAGCAGCCUCAGCUUACUCCUUAAGAAAAAACCACAGGACGACAGGGCUGCCUGGUGUUGAAGACGCUUCUUUGUGAAAUGAAAUGAUCGCCCUGGUCUUUCCAUGACUCCACUGACCUUGAGAACAUCUCCGACCGCGUGUUAGCAAGCCCAGCCGUCGUCGCUGGCACAGCGGAGGCCUGGACACGCUGUUCCUCUCCGGGCGCGGCCUGCUGUCCACGGGCGGAAUUCCGCGGCGAGGCCCGAGCCGCGCCGUCCGGGAUGCGCUCUGCAGACCUGAGCCUCGAGGGCGGCGCCCUCACUGUACCCAGCUCCGCCCUCUCGCACACGGGUGAGUUUAUGCGUCUCCAGAUUCCAGCUCCUUUUAGUGAGAAAAGACCACUGCUUUGGAAGAAGGAAUUUUUUUUUUUCUUGUUCAAAAACAGCAGCUGUACAAGAGAUUAAAGACCUGACCACUUUGACAAACCUUUUUUACUCUUGAGUUUUUGAACUCUUGACUUUCAAAUGACUUAAUUUCUACAAAGUAAGAUGUUGAACGGCUUUUAUCCAGUGUCUUUUUGAAAGGCAUGAGAAUGGCAUGCGUUCACACACUGACGGCGACAGAAGAGAUUGUUAUCAAUAUAUAAGUUACUCGGGAUGACUUCAUUGCAGUCUAUCGGGGUGGGUUGAACCCAUAAAGUUUUCAUGAAUCUUUCAGCCUUCAGGAGCCAUCAUCUGCAAACUCUGUUGAGUCAUGUUGGGUAGCUUCUAAAAGGGAGUAUUGACUGUAUUUUCCUCAUUGGCAGAAAACAGAUACAAAGUAAAAGCUGAAUGUUUCUCAGUUUUAUUCUUUUCUCAUAAGUGUUUCUUGAAUGUGGGUAUCUUCUACUGAUGGUCUGUAUUUAAGUCUAGUCCAAAAUGGUACCUUCUUUGAUCAAAUUAACUCUUUUACAGUAGUUAUUUCAAUAUACAUUUCUCAAGGUAGCUUCAGAGAGAGUUCAGUCAUUCUGGGUCACUUACUACCCGAACAAAUCUAGGAGCCCCUGUUCUGCAACAGGGAGAUAUCCCCAACUGAGGCGAGGCUCAGGCGUGAGAGCAGGUUUGUGGAAAUCAUAGCACCGGGGAAUUAUAGCAUGAGGUUCAUGGAAAUACAGCCUCUGUCAGAGAUGGCAAAGGUCUACAGUUUCGUAGACAAAAAGGUUUGGAAACUGAGGUGUUCCUUUGUUCUUGCCUACACUUGGUGCCGUAAUUUACUUGAUAGCAAAACCUGACUUGAGAUUCGUAUAGUUUUUCUUUAUGUCACACCAUGGGCUGUUCACUUAUCUGAAGAAAUACCAGUGGUUUAGAUGACAGAGAUUGCCCCAGACUCUGUGGAGAUGUUUUUUAUAAUGUCCAAUGUAGACCUCAUAUUACCUUUUCAAAAUGUUAAAAAAAAUUUUUUUUGGAUGGGGGAUUGUAGACACUUAAGAAGCAUCACACAGUGACCUGGCUUCAUCCAAGUUGUGAAACUAUUAUAGGCAGAUUCUAUUUUUUAUCUUUUUUGGCUCAAUUCUUGUUAAACCUUUUAUUAUACUGAUUUCUUUUUUGCUCACAAAGAAGAGAAAGACUGACUCAGACUGCAGAUUGUUAGGGAAACUAUCGGCUUUUUUUUUUUAAGGAUCACAUUGAUUCAACACUUUCUGUUGUACCGAGAAGUGGGUAAGUCUUACUUGUGGCAGAAGAAGUUUAAUCAUAAUUCUGUUGAAAGGUGGAUUCUGUGUAUGUGACCAACAAUAGCUUAUUAUGUGAGUUUCAGGUCUGAUGUGCCUGCCUCUGCUAGGUUGGGUUGUAUUAUUUUGUUAUAAUGUAUUUGUGAGUAUAUUUAUUUUAAUGUUUAACGUUAUUCAGCCAUUGAAAUUGCAAAGUAUGUUCAAGGACCCUAUAUCAUUGGAAAAGGUAUAAAAAUUCUCAUUUUUGCCAAAACAAAGUCAAGAGAGUUGUUCUUUUCUAUAUACUUUAAAAUUUAACUUUGACAGCUGAAAAGAGAAGAAAUUAAAAAUGCUGUUAUUGAUGGCCCCUUUAUAUGAAAUUAUAUUUGUUUCAUUAUGAGUCUCUGUUUGGAUCUGGUAAACCAUUUAUUGUUGAUUCUUGGAAGUAAAAAUUUGAGAGACCAUUUCUAAUAUUAAAUGACAAAACCUUUUUCAUAAUAGUUGCUUUGAUUCAAAGAAUUGAGUGUCCUUUCUUUUCAGAAGAAGGUAGUCCCAUAAUAAUUUUUGAGAAAUGAAGUGUAUCAACAUAUUUAGUUUUAUUAUAUCAUAUUCCAGUUUAAAUGUGUCUUAACUUACUUGAAGACGCUUAAGCUGCUCAUACUUUUUGCCCUGAAAUGUUCUGCAGCUUUCUCAUUUCCUUAGCUUCUCAGUGGCUCAGCGCUGAGAAUGCCUGCUAGCCAUGAUCUCCCGUAUUCUGGAUGUAGUCUUGCCUAGCUCAGCAGAGCUGGCAGGUCUGGUGUUUUGAAGAGGAAAGACUAGCUAUUAUAUUUUACACUUGCUUGAGGUGACAACUCUAAAGGCAUUUUUAAACUGAUAAGAAUGCAUAUGGCUAUUUUGAUAUAUAAUAGAACCUGUGUUUGCUACUAUAGAAGCUUUUGUGGCAGAAUUGUAACCUAAUUUUCAUAUCUUGUAUUUCUGAAUCAUGACAAAAAAUAAAUGGGGAACAUGCUUUACAGAUUUGAAAACUUC